CACCAGCGUUUCCGCCCUCUUUUGAUGCCGCCCAGCCUGUCUAGAGAGGCUGGUGCCGCCGCCGAGGCGUCUGGCGUUGUCCUGACGGGGAGGGCUCGGUGUGGCAGAGGCACUGGGCUAGGUGUUUCCUGAGGUGUAUUUACUCUUCACUGCAGUCCUGUGAGAUGAACCGGACAAAGGGUGAUGAAGAGGAGUAUUGGAACAGCUCCAAGUUCAAGGCUUUCACCUUUGAUGAUGAAGACGAUGAACUCUCUCAGCUAAAGGAGUCCAAGCGGGCAGUGAAUAGCCUCCGAGACUUCGUGGAUAACGACGAUGACGAUGACCUGGAGCGAGUCAGCUGGAGCGGGGAGCCCGUGGGAAGUAUCUCAUGGUCCAUCAAAGAGACUGCGGGUAACAGCGGGUCAAAUCACGACACGCGGGAUCAGCUGAAGAACCGAAACAGCUUCUCCUCCUAUGCACAGCUCCCCAAACCUGCUUCCACCUACUCCCUGAGCAGCUUUUUCAAAGGGAGAAGUAGACUUGGAAGUUUCCAGUCUCUUUCUGAUGCUCUCUCGGACAGUACUGCCAAGAGCUACGCUCCCGAGCUGGGGCGGCCCAAGGGGGAGUUCAGGGAUUACAGCAACGACUGGAGCAUCUCGGACACAGUGCGACGCCUCCGGAAGGGCAAGGUCUGUUCACUCGAAAGAUUCCGCUCGUUACAGGACAAGUUACAGCUGCUUGAAGAAGCAGUCAGCAUGCAUGACGGAAACGUCAUCACCGCAGUUUUGAUCUUCCUGAAGAGGACGCUGAGCAAAGAGAUCCUCUUCCGGGAGCUGGAGGUACGGCAGGUCGCCUUGAGACACUUCAUUCACUUCCUGAAGGAGAUGGGGGACCAGAAGCUGCUCUUAGACCUUUUUAGGUUCCUGGACCGCACAGAAGAGCUGGCGCUAUCCCAUUAUCGAGAGCAUCUGAAUAUUCAGGACCCUGAGAAACGAAAAGAAUUUCUUAAGACGUGCAUUAGUUUGCCGUUUUCAGCAGAAGAUUCCGCACACAUUCAAGAUCAUUACACACUCCUGGAACGCCAGAUCAUCAUUGAGGCGAAUGAUCGACAUCUCGAAGCUGCGGGACAGACGGAGAUCUUCCGGAAGCACCCCCGCAAGGCUUCAAUCCUCAACAUGCCCCUCGUGACCACGCUCUUCUACUCCUGCUUUUACCACUACACAGAGGCCGAGGGGACUUUCAGCAGUCCUGUUAACCUGAAGAAGACUUUCAAGAUCCCGGACAAACAGUACGUGCUGACCGCCCUGGCUGCUCGCGCCAAGCUUCGAGCCUGGAACGAUGUGGAUGCCCUCUUUACCACAAAGAACUGGCUGGGCCACACCAAGAAGAGGGCACCCAUCGGCUUCCACCGGGUGGUGGAAAUCUUGCACAAGAACAGUGCCCCGAUGCAGAUCUUACAGGAGUACGUCAACCUGGUGGAGGACGUGGACACAAAGUUGAGCUUGGCUACCAAGUUCAAAUGUCAUGAUGUCGUCAUCGAAACCUGCCGGGACCUGAAGGACCGCCAGCAGUUACUAGCAUACCGGAGUAAGGUGGACAAAGGGUCCGCCGAGGAGGAGAAGAUCGACGUCAUCCUCAGCAGCUCGCAAAUUCGAUGGAAGAAUUAAGUGACAACAGCUCCCCUGACCUGCCUCAACUCUUCCCUUCCUGCCCGUGACAGAAGGUGGAGCGAAUUCUGUGGGAGAGCGCCCGCGUCACAUCUCCCGGGUCCAGGCAGUGCCCGCUCCUCCGGGCAGAGACCCGCACAGGGCACAGCCGGCCUCACCCUGCGCUCCCGCCCCCACGGUCCUCUCCAAAGGCCACGAUGGGAAGCUGUGACUCACGAGAAAGUUCUCUCCACCUGGUGCUCACAGGACGGUGGGAGUGAUUUCUAGAUUGGGCCCAUAUUGGGCCCGAACUCUCUUGGUCUGAGAUGAGAGGCUGCCUCAGAAGAGAAUUCUCCUCGACUCACAAGGACGUGGCAUCCAAGGUCGACCAGUCCAUGCCUCUCAGUUCAUGAUGACCUUGGCCACAGUGUUGACCACUGGCCGUUCUCUUCUGAAGGAAGUCGAAACAGAACAAACUUCUUACCUCAGGAAAGGUAGUGGUGUUGCCGGGACCUGCUGGAGGCGCCCUUCUACCAGACGACACAGAGACCCCGGGAUAGAGAGCGCCCAGAUGUUGCUUCCCUUCCACCCGCGCCCCUCUGCCGCCCUAGCCUCGCCCUGUGCAAAAACUUCCGGUUCCUGUCCCCUCCACACACAGCCACCGCCUGUGGGGGGGAUGAGACCCCCUGACCCUGUCCUCUGCUCCUCCCAUCUCAGACCCCAAACCGUACAUGGAGCUCAGAUUCAGCAGUGCUCAGGAGCUCUCCCUCUCCCAAGCCCUCACUUCAGUGGAAGCUUCCCGCAGUUCCCUCAGCAGGGCUAAGUGGCAUUUCUGAUUGUGCAGAUACUAAGAUGCAGGCAUUGGUUUCACAGUUGGGUUUCAGGAAGAUAUUCUGUAAUGUUAGGUCGCCGCCCUGUGCCAGUGUUAGCCUCUCUUCUCCGUGGCUGGGUUUCCCAGACAUUCCCAGACUACUAAUAAAGCCAUUUCCUCCUUGGUACCUUCUUCUUUUCCUCCCGGUUAUUUUGUGCAGAACAAUGAAAUAAUUGUCCUGACUUUGGGGACCAUGGCAAACCUGUCUCCAUGGCUGCAUUAGGCUGUCAACACAUGCCAGAUUAUGGGGUAAGAGUGCCUCGUGGUGACCCAGAGUAGCACGAAGCUGGAGGACAGAAGACCUGGCCCUUGACCCAGCCCUGCUGACAAACUGCCGACCGGAUGAGACCCUUUCCCUCUGGACUCGUUGACUCUCAUAGUACGGCAUGAUGCUCUAGGACUUCCGAAUGGAGAUAGUGACUACUGGGGACAGAUACCUGUUGGCUGGUCUCAGGCCGUGUGGUCCUCACACGGAACUCAUUUUGCCCCCACCCCAGGGGACCACAGGCAUCAGUGCUCUCUGGACUUUAUUGUCAGAACUGGAUGGGGUUUCUGCAUCUUGUGACAGAGGCGGGAGCUGUAGCUCCAUAACCUCCCACAGCGAAGAAAGCCCCUGCCCUCAUGUCAGGAAUGCGAGCACUGAACCAACCUCCUGUAAGAGAACGUGCCUCCUGGCUUGGCCUCCCACUUGGAGCCCCCUUUUGCUCUUUCAAGUAACCCCAUCUGGUUCCUUUCCUGCGGGAGAAUCCUUCCUCUUGAAGACAGAAGAGUUUAUGUUGCUAAAUCAUGCUAAGUUAUUGACCGAUCUUCAGUGUCAGCAUUGACUGCUUUGCCAGGGUUCCUUUAGAGAAGCAGAUCGCUAAGAAUAUAUCCUGUUUGGGCGGACUGGCUGUCUCUGUGGGAUUCAGGCACUUGACCUUACUCAAGGGUGGCAGUUGGUUAAACUGUCUCUAGGAGGUUCUCGUGUCUGGUGGGAGAUGGGGCUGCGUGGUACAGAGCAGGGAAGGGGAGGUGGAGAGGAAAGGAGCACGGAGACGAACGAGAGCUUACUCAUGGCCUGGAACCCAUGUCAGUUCCAUCCCAGCCUCUGAUGUGUGGGUCCUGCUAGGGGUUUCCAGAGGGAGGUGUGGCCACUAUCCACCACCCAACUGGUGUCCACACUGAGUGUCUAUGCCGACCUCGGAUGCAUGAACAUAAGCUGCUGCUCCACCUCCACCUGCCAGACGCUCUGUGAUCCUUAGAGUCUCACGGAGAGGAGGGAUCAGAGAAAAUGUGUAGCCUUUCCAACUUACACAAAGCCACAAACACUGGAUCCAUAUUUCUGAGAGCACCAAUGAAAGCCAGGCCUAGAAUCCUUGGUCAUGCAAGGUAGUCUGUGUUGUUUUGGUCAAGCUGGGUGGGUUUGAGUUCCUCUCCUUCGGGCGUUAGGCUGACAUGCCCACCUUUUGUGGCUCAGGAAGUGUCGCUUUCACUGGAGAGCCUCCAGACUUCUCUAUUCGCCUUGCCCCCACCAUCCAUUAAACCCCCUCCACCCUUGCUUCUACCCCCAUCCUCCUCCCCAAUGAAACCUGUUUCAUUGUCAAUGGCCAGUGUCAAAAUUACUUUUAUUUGAAUCAAUUUUUUUUUCACUUUGUUUCCUUUUAUUACACAUGUCCAGUGUCUCCUUGUUUGACUUUGUGUAAUCGCCUCAGCGGGACCAGGGGCCGAGAUCUUCAAGGCUGCUCAGAUCAGGACUUGGCUUCUUCCACCCAGAUCCCUCAUUUUCCAGUAGCUAGGCAGUCACACCCAGAAACUGCCCCCCCCCCCCCAUGCUAUGUAAUCCCAUCAACAGCCAGCAUUCAGAGACUAUAAAACCAAGCUUCUGGAUGUGCGCGGCCUCAUUGCGGCCAAGCAACAUCUGAUAGCCUAGUUCUCCCUCUUGGAGAACUUGACAAGCUACCAAGAGUCUAUUACCUGCUCGGGGAAGCCUGACAAGCUCCCCAUGGCAUAUUCAUAUCCCAAAUACAGUAUAUACAUACCUCUCAGAGAGACCGGCAAGCUACCGAGAGUAACCCGCCCGCACAGCAGAGCCUGGCAAGCUACCCAUGGCGUAUUCAAUAUGCCAAGAACAGUAGUGAUAGGUCUCAUUCCCCUGACCCUGAAAGAGCCUCCAAUCAUUGGGAAAGACGAGUGAGGAGAGGCUGCUAAAAUCUCAGGGCUGAGUGUAAUAGAGACAUUAUUGGUGCCCGCUUGAGUAAAUCACAAACAACAGGAUGACAGUGAUACAGUGAUAAUCCCCUCAAGUUCUAUAAUGU